AUGGCAGCCGGACGAAGCGCAGCACUCAAGCUCGAUUGGGCGAAAAUAACCACCUCCCUCGGCCUCCGUGGUCAAACUGCCGCCUCUCUCCAAGCCUUUAAGAAGCGCAACGAAGACGCCCGGCGCCGUGUACAACAGCUUUCGGAAUUGCCGCAGCAGGUGGACGUUGCGCACUACCGCUCGCUCCUGAAGAACCAAGAUGUCGUAAACGAGAUCGAAAAGCACUUCACUAGCUUCAAGCCCGUCACGUACGAUGUUAAUAGGCAGAUCAAGGCGAUUGACGCCUUCGAGGCGCAGGCUGUGAAGAAUGCCGAGGAGACCAAGGGACGGGUUGAUUUGGAGCUGAAGGAUUUGGCAAAGACGUUGAAGAAUAUCGAGGAGGCUAGACCGUUUGAGGAUCUCACUGUGGACGAAGUUGCAGCGGCUCAGCCACAAAUCGAUGAGAAGACCUCCCAACUUGUUUCCAAGGGCCGAUGGAUGGUACCAGGCUACAAGGAGAAAUUCGGCGAUCUUUCCAUCUUGUAG